AUUUCUGAUUGAAGCUCUCUAUCAUUGUUUCCAUUUCGCGACUUUUUUACACAGAGGAACCCAUACCGAGAGAGAAAGGGGAGAGAGAGAGAGCAGAAGCAAACAACCGAAGAAGACAAUGGGGAAGGAUCUGAGCAACGACCAAGUAUCCUCAAUGAGAGAAGCCUUCACGCUCUUCGACACCGACAACGACGGAAAGAUCGCCCCGUCGGAGCUCGGAAUCCUGAUGCGGUCCCUGGGCGGCAACCCGACCCAGGCCCAGCUCAAGUCCAUCGUAUCUGACGAAGCCCUAACCUCCCCCUUCGAUUUUCCGCGGUUUUUGGACCUCAUGUCCAAGCACCUCAAGCCUGAGCCCUUCGACCGCCAGCUGAGGGACGCGUUCAAGGUGUUGGACAAGGAAGGGACCGGGUACGUCGUCGUGUCGGAUCUCAAGCAUAUUCUGACAAGUAUUGGGGAGAAGCUGGAUGCGGAGGAAUUUGAUGAGUGGAUUAGGGAGGUGGAUGUUGGGUCCGAUGGGAGGAUACGGUACGAGGAUUUCAUUGCCAGGAUGAUUGCCAAGUGAUGCCCAGUCAACCACUGCCAGCACUCUUCCGGCUUAGCAUUAAGCAUGUACAGCAAGAUAGUCUUCCCUUAAUUUCAAAGGGUUUGUCUAUAAGAGAAUUUAUGACUCAUGAGUGUUGAAGAUUUUGUUAGUUUGAUUGCGAUCGUGAAUGAAAUGUAUAACUGCAAGGCAACUUCCUUGUAUUGGAACUUCACUUAUUUU